GUCUGAGCCUAAGGAACAAAGGCUGAUUCCCCUAAUUUCAUGGCCCGCCCAAGGUGUGAAAGGACACCUCCACCCUUAUGGGACAUAAAGGAGAGGACACAUCCAUGUAUUAUGUAUCUGUGACAGGUAUUUAUUGGUUGCCUUCCUAGAAUCUGUGUCCCCUUUACUACUGGGACCCCACAUUUCUCAGCUAUGCAGUUGAGGUGGGAUUAGGGUCACCUCUAGCUCCAGGGAGAGCCAAUCAGUAUAUACUACACCCUGGUCACAGUUCAAGGAUGAACAUGCGACCCUUGUCAGAAAGAGACUGAAUUUGAAAGCUUUUGAUUAAACAAUCAGAAAAGCACAGCUUGCUUUUUCCUGCUGCUCAUGAACAGAAUACAUAUAGAUCCAGGAGUCUGGACAUCAUCUUGAGACCUCAAUGGGAAAGGUGCCCAAGGAUGGAGUCAAGGAAGAGUCACUGAAGCCAUCAAAAUGUAAAAGAGCCUCCAUUCCUGGACUGUUUGGUUCUAUGAGCCAAUACCUUCCCUCUUUAUCUUCAACAACUUUAGGUUAGGUUUUUAGUCACUGGCAACAGAAAGGAUCCUAAUCAAGACCCCAGUGAACAGAACUCGACCCUGCCAAGGCUUGGCAGUUUCCAUUUCAAUCACUGUCUUCCCACCAGUAUUUUCAAUUUCUUUUAAGACAGAUUAAUCUAGCCACAGUCAUGGUAGAACAUAGCCGAUCUGAAAAAAACAUUCCCAAUAUUUAUGUAUUUUAGCAUAAAAUUCUGUUUAGUGGUCUACCUUAUACUUCGUUUUGCACACAUCUUUUAAGAGGAAGUUAAUUUUCUGAUUUUAAGAAAUGCAAAUGUGGGGCAAUGAUGUAUCAACCCCAAGAUUCUUCGUAAUAGAAAAUGUUUUUAAAGGGGGGAAACAGGGAUUUUUAUUAUUAAAAGAUAAAAGUAAAUUUAUUUUUUAAGAUAUAAGGCAUUGGAAACAUUUAGUUUCACGAUAUGCCAUUAUUAGGCAUUCUCUAUCUGAUUGUUAGAAAUUAUUCAUUUCCUCAAAGACAGACAAUAAAUUGACUGGGGACGCAGUCUUGUACUAUGCACUUUCUUUGCCAAAGGCAAACGCAGAACGUUUCAGAGCCAUGAGGAUGCUUCUGCAUUUGAGUUUGCUAGCUCUUGGAGCUGCCUACGUGUAUGCCAUCCCCACAGAAAUUCCCACAAGUGCAUUGGUGAAAGAGACCUUGGCACUGCUUUCUACUCAUCGAACUCUGCUAAUAGCCAAUGAGACUCUGAGGAUUCCUGUUCCUGUACAUAAAAAUCACCAACUGUGCACUGAAGAAAUCUUUCAGGGAAUAGGCACACUGGAGAGUCAAACUGUGCAAGGGGGUACUGUGGAAAGACUAUUCAAAAACUUGUCCUUAAUAAAGAAAUACAUUGACGGCCAAAAAAAAAAGUGUGGAGAAGAAAGACGGAGAGUAAACCAAUUCCUAGACUACCUGCAAGAGUUUCUUGGUGUAAUGAACACCGAGUGGAUAAUAGAAAGUUGAGACUAAACUGGUUUGUUGCAGCCAAAGAUUUCGGAGGAGAAGGACAUUUUACUGCAAUGAGAAUGAGGGCCAAGAAAGAGUCAGGCCUUAAUUUUCAGUAUAAUUUAACUUCAGAGGGAAAGUAAAUAUUUCAGGCAUACUGACACUUUGCCAGAAAGCAUAAAAUUCUUAAAAUAUAUUUCAGAUAUCAGAAUCAUUGAAGUAUUUUCCUCCAGGCAAAAUUGAUAUACUUUUUUCUUAUUUAACUUAACAUUCUGUAAAAUGUCUGUUAACUUAAUAGUAUUUAUGAAAUGGUUAAGAAUUUGGUAAAUUAAUAUUUAUUUCAUGUUAUGUUGUGUUCUAAUAAAACAAAAAUAGACAACUGUU